AUGGUCAUUGAACAAACUGGGUCACCCUUUCAUUCACACAGCCAUGCAGUUGUUGUCGUUGCUGUUAUGUUAGCUGUUGUUGUUGUUGUUGCUGCUGCUGCUGUUGUUAUUAUCACUGAGAAUAAUAUUUCAUGGGAAAUAUUCGUUACCAGUUGUGAUGAUAGUAGUAGCAAUGGUAGCAGUAGUGAUAGUUGGUGUGGUCAGUUGCAAGGAAAUCUGCCGAUCGGUAGUGGUGGUAUAAUGAGUGUGACAGUGGUUGGAGUAGUAGGAUGGCAGUGUUGGAAUGGAUUUGAUGUAUCCAGUUCGAAAGCUGCUAUUCAGAAUGCUAUGGAUAAAACUUUGGCUUCCGGUAUAUCACAACUUAGACGAAAUACACUUUUAACACGACAAUGGAUUCAAUCAUGUCCUUCGCAAUUUAAUCGUAUCCCUUGGAAUUAUUCUUAA